GAGAAAAAAAAAACAAAAGACAUCCUCUGUUAGACAAUGGUAGUAAAUUCAGCGGAGAGACAGGCAGCUACACGCAGUCAGCUGCUCCACAACCCCUGAAGUAAGCGUGUGCGUUGAAAGUGGUCAGGAAGAGGACCGGUGGAAUGUCAUCUGGGCUGUCCUUACCAGAGGAGGACCUCUCCUGCCCUGUGUGCUGUGACAUCUUCAGAGACCCCGUCCUUCUCCCGUGCAGCCACAGCUUCUGCCGGGAGUGUUUGCAGCGCUACUGGGAGACUUCGGGGGCUCGUAGCUGCCCGGUGUGCCGGAGACGGUCGUCCCGACGCAACCCCCCUGCCAACCUGGCCCUCAGGAACCUGUGCGAGGCCUUCGCACAGGACAGGGUGCGGAGGGAGGCCACCGAGGCCGGCCAGCUUUGCCCGCAGCAUGGGGAGAGGCUCAAGCUGUUCUGCCAGGAGGACCAGCUGCCCAUCUGUGUCGUGUGCCAGGCGUCCAAAACACACAAGGGCCAUGAGUGCCUGCCACUGGAAGAAGCUGCCGUCGACUGCAGGGCUGAGCUGAAGGCUGCUCUCAAAACCCUGCAGGACCAGCUAGCUGCCCUUAAUAAACAGCGAUCCAACGUAGACAUGACCCUUGAGCACAUUGAGCUUCAGGCCCAGUCAAUAAGUAAGCGGAUCAAAGACAAGUUUUUGAAACUACACCAGUUUCUGUUUGAGGAGGAGAAAGCCGCCCUGUCCAGUCUGAGAAAGGAAGAGGAGGCCAGGCUCCACACGAUUAAGGAGAAGGCUGUGUCCACCGCUGAGACGAUAGACUCCUUCUCAGAGACCAUCAGGAGCCUUCAGCAGGAGGUGGCGGCUAAUGACUUGACUGUGUUGCAAAGAUUUAAAACAGCUAUGAAGAGAGUCCAGUGCUCCGAGCCAGAGACGGAGUUGGCCUCAGGAUUGUUGAUGGAUGAAGCCAAACACCUGGGGAACCUGAAGUUCAGGGUCUGGGAGAAGAUGAGGAGUGUUGCUCCACACUUUCCUGUGAUCUUGGACCCAAACACAGCCCACCCCUGUCUCAGUCUCUCAGAUGACCUCACUGCCCUGCAGCACAGGAGUCCCGCGCCGCGUCUCCCUAGCAACCCGGAGCGCUUCCACAUGAGCGCGGAGGCAUUGUGCUCCACGGGCUUCUGCGCCGGGACGCACUCCUGGGUGGUGGACAGCACCGGCAACCAAGACUGGAUCCUGGGCCUGGCCUACCGGUCGGUGCAGCGCAGCGCCGAGAUCUCGGCCCGACCUGAGAACGGCUUUUGGACACUGUGUCUGCGAGACGGCGUGUACCGGGCAAUGACGUCACCGCCGACUGUUCUGACGCUGAGCGGGAAGCCCAGGCAGAUUAAAGUUGAGCUCGACUGGGAGGGAGGGGAGCUGUCUUUCACAGACUCAGAGGAGGGCGUCACCCUGUACAUGUUCACGCAGACUUUUGAGGAGACUGUCUUGCCAUAUUUCUACACACAAAGUAAACACCCUCUGAGGAUUUUACCAGAACCAGCAAGUGUUACCAGAGGAGUUUAGAAUGUGGAAACCAGGCCGUUUCUCUGACAGUUUUAGAUAAAGUCGUAUUCAUAUUAAUGUAUAUCAUAUAUGUUUGUGUUUGACAAUGGUCUAUGCAUUUCUUGUCAAACAAACAUUGAACAAGGGAAUAAACUCAUUGCAUCAUUGUC